CUAAAAAACGUCACAACAGAUUCUUCUCUCCGCUCUGCAUCGCACAAAAGGAUUUCUGAAUUCCUUCCUUGGCAAUUUGUCAAACAGGAGAUUACACAAGCGGCUGCCUGGGGGUCUUUUUCCCCUCCCCAGGUAUUCAGGCUCCUCGGCAAUGUUUGGAUACAAACCCAUUUCUAUAUUAAAUAAAGCAAAACAAACAGAACUGUGAAAACACGUAUUUGUACACACCUACACAGUUAUGCACAGACACAUACACACACACACACACGUUCUCUCCAGGAAUCCCUCCUUUAGUGUCUUAGGAGGUGUGUAUUUUAGCCAUGAGACUAAGCAGAACAGGGUCGUUGCCAAUUCGCCGAUGAGAAAAUUAGAGGCAGAGAAAGAGAGAGAGAGAGAGACAGAAUGCAGCAACUGACUGAAAACACUUGAGUAGAGAGAGAGAGAGAGAGAAAGAGAUAAACAAACGAGGAGGUACCACACACACCACAGAGGCACUCAGACUGCUCACAGACUCACAGAAACGGAGACACAGAGGGGGGAGCACUUGUGUUUUGUUCACAUCUCCAGGGGUUGGAUUGCCUGGGUGGAUCUGCAGCGUUAAACGUGAGGUAUGACUGAGACAGACUGGAGGCUGUUUGAAGCUGCUCGGAGUCGCUGAGGGGGACCUCUUCCAGGACAGGACAGGGGAGAGAGGAGGCCAGUGACUCAGAACACUGGAACUGCAUCUUGGACUUUUUUUUUUUUAGGAUAACACCUGUAAGGACUGACAGGGCAUCCCUCUUCUCAAGCUUUGAACCUCAUCUGCAUGCACAUCUGCUGGACCUGAUACUGAACCAACACCUUCCAGAUAUGAAGACUUGGAGGAAGGGAGAGAGAUAGAAAGAAAGAGAGAGAUCCCUCCAUUCCCACCACCCCCCCCCCCCCUCCCCUCCAGCUCUGCUAACUCCUCCCCACCCCCCCCCCACAGAGUGGGAAGUGUGAAAAAUCUCACUAAUGGGUGUGUUUCAGCCAGAUCUGCGGCAAUCUGUCACUCCACGGGACUAUUCAGCCUUGAUGCAUUUCAUAGCUGAGUGAAUCCUCUGCUUUGCUGGACCGCUAGUUUGGAAGUUGCCAGGGAAGCCAUAGAAACAGCAAGAGAGGGAGAGAGCAAGAGCACGAGAGAGAGAGAGAGAGAGAGAGAGAGAAGAAGAAGCCUGAGGGCACUGAAGAACAUAGCCUCUCAUCUUUGUCAAGAUCCAACGCAUCCACAAAUCACUAAACGACUCCAAGGAUAUCCGCGGGACGCUUUCGCUCUCUACGUUUUCCAGCGUUGUCUGAACCGGCUGGGCAGGAUAGGGCAUCUCCCGCUGAGGAGCACCGGCUGACGGUCCUCCCCUCCGACGGUCCCGAGAUGAGGUGCUGGGCGCUGGCCGUGGCCGCCGCCGCCCUGUGGGUGCAGUGCCUCCUCUCGCAGGAGGUGCAGGCCAAGAAGGAGAGGAGGCGGCAGAAGGAGGCGACUCCCCAGCACACAGAGGCGUACAACGGCACCCUCCUGUCCAACAGCGAGGAGCUGGACGGAGGCACCAAGCUCGCAGAGAACCAGCGCGUGGACCCUCUCGGAUCCUGGAUGGACUUCGUGAAGCGGCCGGUGGGAAACUUCCCUGCCAAGUGCCGAAAGAGGAAGAGACCCCUGCCUGGGCCCCCAGGCCCUCCAGGUCCCCCAGGGCCACAGGGGCCACCCGGACUCCCUGGGGCAGAAGUGACCCAAGAGACGUUGCUCCAAGAAUUCAAAGACAUGAUCAGAAAGGCGACGGAGCGGCGGGCGGAGGUGGACCGGCGGACCAGCCCCAGCGCACUGCCCCCUGCCCUGAUCACCCUGGGGGGCAUGACCUCGUACAGGAGGGUGGAGGAGGCCUUCCACUGCAGACUCAGGGGGCCCGUUGUCGUGGACAAGAAAACCCUGGCGGAGCUUCAAAUCUAUCAGACACCUCCUUCCAAAGGAGCGUUUCUCCGGGGGACGGGGAUGGACCUGUCCACUGGCCGCUUUACCGCGCUGGUGACCGCCAUCUACCAGUUCACAGCGAGCAUCCACAUCGACCACAGCGAGGUGAAGAAAAGCAAGAGCCAGCUGCGAGCGAGGGACAACGUGCGGGUGCUGAUCUGCAUCGAGUCCCUGUGCCACCGAUACACGUCCUUAGAGACCAUUGUUGGCUUGGAAAGCAACAGCAAGAUAUUCACAGUAUUGGUCCAUGGGCUUCUGGAGCUUCAGGCUGGGCAGUACACAUCAGUGUUUGUGGACAAUGGAGCCGGCGCCUCGAUCACGAUACAGAAUGGGUCAGAUUUCAGUGGCAUGCUAAUCGGCGUAUAGCCUCCUCCGUCCUGUUCGCACCCGGGACCUCCGCUGCUUCGUAACGCGCCACUGGCAUCUCCGGACGGGCACUGUGUGCGUGUGGCGGUACCUAGGGGGGGGGAGAUGGACUGGUGGGACAUUCCUGUUGACAAGACAAAAGCAACAACACCCUGGUCUCCCGUUUUCAAGUGGACAAAACGCCCAAUAUUUAUUAAAACCGCAACAAAACAGUGUGAAAUACACCUGCUGUCCUGGAGGCCGUUGAACUGGACGCUACACGGACCCACGUCCUGACCGCUGGGACACAGACGACAAAUAUUUAUCCUGAUGCGCCAUCUUACACUGUCUGCCUCCCGCCAUAUGGAGCGUAACAAGUGGAGGUCCUUAUACUCACUCAACAAACAAGUAUAGCUUCUAUUGGCAUUCCAGGAUGCAGACUUGCCUAACUUGACGCGAAAGUCAGUAUUUAUCAGAGUUGUGUGUUACACACAUUUUGCCUGGUGGACCUGGUGCAGUUUCCUCAGCGAGGCUAGUGGGUGAUACGUGUGAAAACAUUUAUAACAGUGCAGGGUUGCUAGGCACAUUGUAUUUAAUCCUGCCGUCGUUAUGCAUUCAAGGUGUGCAUGAACAGAAAUUUGCAUUUGAUAUAUUCUGCCUGUAUCUAAAACUGUAUUCUUUAUUCGGUGUGUGUGUGUGUGUGUAAAACAUAGGUGUGGAGCUCAAAGUUAAACAGAACAAAAAAUAACAGACCAACCCACAUACCUUUAUAAUACCUUGAAAAUGUGCUUCACGAUGGUGAAGUGAUUGGAAGUCUAAUAUCUGCCAUCACACGUAGAAACAGCUGCCAAGUCCUAAUCCUACGCAAAGAGACCAAGCAAGUCAAAACACUGAGGAAACAAGGAUUAGUUGAAAUAACCAUGGCAACUAAAACCAUUUCUUGUUGCAACCCAUUAUAUUGUCUAGAGAGCUCGAAGCCAAUUCAGGGCACACCGUUAAGUGUUACUGGUUUCAGUGGAGAAUUUAUUAAAAAUACUGGGCAGAGGUUUCCACUGUUAUUCAGUAAAACAGAACCAGAGACACUUAAACCUGACACACCUGAAGUCUAUUUUGCUACUUCCUACACUGCACAAAUUGCUAAUAUAAUCUGGGUACAUCGGUCACUUAACAAUACAGUGCAAGCAAAUAUUUAAGAAAAAGUAUAACAAAUCACAGAAAGCUGUUUUAAUAAAUAUAAAAAUCAGUGCACCUGCUUAUAAAUAUAUAGAAAGGCCGCAGGGUGUGAUGUCUGUAUAUACGCGGCCAUUUUGUGAUCAGUUUAUCGUUUUGUGUUCAAGUGUAGCAAAAGUUUAGUGCAGUUGUAUUUGCUUUAUUUUCUUUAUAAUGCUAAUGUAAGUUCUUACUGUGUUUUUCUUUUCUAUAAAUUAUAUAGAUUGUCUAUAAAUUAUGUUCAAUAUUUUCCAGACAGAUGGUCACGUGAGUAAUGCUAUAAAAUUUAAGCAGAUCUAUAGUAUUUAUGUUAAUGAUGUUUUCAGCACAAAAAAGCUGCUUGCCAUCCUGUUUUAUUAUACGUUAUUCUUUAGUAGCUUAGAUUUAAAAUGGGAUCUCCACACACUCAUUAAUUUCAGAUUAAACCACUUGUAUUGUUUUUAAACUUAAAAUUUGCCGAACAUAAAUGCAAAUAUCCACAGAAACUGAAUGAGUGCAUACUUUUUUUCUGGAAAACUUUAACUUUCAGGAAAUAAACAACCUAAAAAGAUUAAGGACUUAAUUAAAACUUCUACAAAUUCAGUGGAAUUAAGGGUUGUACAUUUUCAGCAUAAACAUCCUGUUUUAUAAUGUUCUUAAUGCAUUACCAAACACCCAGUAUUUCAAAUCUGGAAUGAAGUAUAUUCUAGAAAUUUAACUGAUUUUCUUGGGACAGUUCAUAUUGGAUUACAAAAACCUUGACAAGGAGCUGUGUCUAACAAACAGUGAGUGCUACCUCAAGAUCUUUUCAAAUUUAUUU